AUGUUUUUAAAUCAUGUGAAGAAUAACAUAAUUAUUUUUAUUUUCAUUUGUUUAUUUUUUAUAAAUAAUGGUGUAAUAAAUGCAAACAUUAAGAUAUUUGAUAGUUUAAAAUUUAUAUAUAAUAAAAAAGCAGAAAGUUUUUUGAGUAUAAAAUGGAAACAAUUAAAAUGCAGAAAAAUAAAAAAAUACAUAAAUAAAUACAAUACAAAAAAAUACGAAAAAGGAACUCCUUUAUUUUUUAUGAAUAAGACAUUCAAACAUGGAUAUGCAAUAAAAAAGUUUUCGCUUUUUAAAAAAAACAAAGGAAAAAAUGAAAAAUCAAAUAUAAAAAAAAAAGAAAAAAAAAAAUUUACCGAAGAAGAAAUAGAAGAAUUGAGGAGAAAAGCUAAAGAAAAGUUACAACCAAAAAAAGAAAGUGAGAAAACAAAAAAAGAUUUAUUAAAAGAAAAAAAAAAAAAAAAAAAAAAAAAUUCAGAAAAAGAUGAAGAAAAUGAAAAAGAUAUAUUAAAAGAAGACAAUUCAAAAGAUAUAAAAGAGGAUACAGGGAAUUUUAUAAGAACGAAAGAAGAUUUUGAUAAAAUAGUAGAUUUAACAAAGGAUUUAAUAAAUCCAAAGGAAGUUGAAUACAUUAAUAAAAUUACUGAUUGCGAUGAAGAAUUAUUAAAAUAUGAUAAAAGAGAAAAACAUAUUCAUUUAAAUUAUGAAGAUACUAUAUUUGAUGAAGGGAAUUAUAUGGAUAAUUAUGUAAAUAAUAUAAGCAAAUUUCGUUUUGAUAUAUAUAAUUUAAAUAAUAAAAAUGAAUUUGAUAGAAUAACAAAAUAUUUAAAUUACCAAUAUAUUGAAGAAAUAAAUGUUGAUUUUCCUACAGAUAAAAGCUAUAAUAUUGAAUUAAAAGAAUACUUUUACCAAAUUGUGUGCGAUUUAAUUAGUAAACACAAAGAAAAAUUUGAAAAUUACGUAGAUGAGGAAAAAAUAGAACACAAGGAAUCAAAUGAAAGUAAUCCAAUAUAUAUUCAAAAAGGUAAAUCAAAUUUUCUCAAUGAUAAAAUAGAAAAUAACAAAACUGUAAGUAAUUUUUUAAAUGAAAAUAUAAAUGAAGAAAAAAAAUUGUCCACCUUAGAUCAAAUACAAAAUAUGAAUGUAUAUAGAACUGAAAAAAAUAUAAUUGAAAAGUAUAUGACUUUUGAUCUGUUUAAUUUAUUAUGUGAAAUUAAAGAAGAGUAUGAUUAUAUGUUUGAAAAUGGGGGAAUAGCUCAUUUUUCUUUUGAUGAAAAUAGAAUAAAAAAUAAAGAAAAACUUAUUUUUUCUGGGAAAAAAAAAAGGGCAAUUGCUAUGGUUUUCUUACAACAAGGAAAUAAUCAUUUAAUAAUUAAUAAUAGAGAUGGCUAUCAAUAUUUGCAAUAUCAGAUUUUUAAUUUAAAUAAAAUAUUUAGUCCACUAUUACAUUUGUGUAUGAAUAGAUAUUUUAACGUUGUUGCAAGAGUAAAGGGAGGAGGUUUAUCUGGUCAGAGUGUAGCCAUUUUUCAUGCAUUAGUAAAAUAUAUUACUUAUAAUUUCUCCUUAAAAAUUAAGCCAUUUUUUCGAUCAUUUAAUUUUAUGACAGUUGAUAGCAGAAAAGUUGAAAGAAAAAAAUAUGGAUUAAAAAAAGCUAGGAAAAGAAAACAAUAUAGUAAGAGAUAA